AAUAUUUCUGGAAAUUUCGACUCCCGGAAGACUUGCAAACAACGCGAAAGAAGCCACCGAAACCACUGCCGGACCAGUGACGAGCCAAUUCCAUUGCAUCCUUUCAUUCAGCAGUAGCAAAUCGCCGACAAACAAAGCAUAAACGAUGGCCAAAUGGGGAGAAGGAGAUCCUCGUUGGAUUGUCGAGGAGCGUCCCGACGCCACCAACGUGAACAACUGGCACUGGACGGAAAAGAAUGCAACGCCUUGGUCCAAGGACAGAUUGCAUCAAUUGUUCAAGGACUUCAAAAUAGACCAAAGCGACAUCGAAUGCGUGGUCGAGGCGGUGGACAAGUGCCAGGGCGAGGCCACCGUCAACAAUCGCAAGGGCAAGCUGAUAUACUUCUACGAGUGGGAACUGGUGCUCAAGUGGUCCGGCCAGCUUCUGAAGAACAGCAAGCUCUCGCACAAGGGGAAGCUGACCAUUCCCAAUCUCUCGGAGGAGAACGACCUGGAGGAUGUGGAGAUCACGGUGACCAUCGAUGAGUCCAACGACGAGUCUGAGACCCUCAAGCAAUUCAUGUACAAUGUCGGGCGGGAUAGCAUUCGGAAGCAGCUGGGCGUCUACAUCAAGGAACUGAAGGAGGAGUACUCCAAGAACUUGAUUCUACCAAAGAAGGGCGACGAGGGCGGCAACUCCAUCAACAAUGCCAGCCUAAAUGAUGCUAACAAUGCCAGGAAUGCGGCCCAAAAGGCAGCAGCAGCCGCGGCCGCUGCCGUAGCAACACCCAAGGCCAGCGACUCCUCGAAGGUGGGCUGUAAGCUGGACGUGCGCACUCUCUCGAUGACCGAGGAGUUCCACUGCAACGCCAAUGAUCUGUACAAUGCCCUCACCAAACCCGAUAUGGUCUCUGCCUUUACACGGGCGCCCGCCAAAGUCGAUCCAGUGCGCGGUGGAGAAUUUGUUCUUUAUGGCGGCAAUGUUUUGGGCAAAUUCGAGGAGCUCAUCCCAGAGAAGAAGAUCCAACAGAGCUGGCGUCUGAAAAACUGGUCAUCUGGACACUUUUCAAAUGUACUCAUAGAGCUAGAGGAGACUUCCAAUAGCACCAUGAUGACGCUCAAGCAGACCGGUAUUCCCGCCUCCGAGUACGAUGCAAUGAAAACCAAUUGGCAUCGAUACUACUGGCAUAGCAUCAAGCAGACCUUUGGCUUUGGCACCUCCAUUGCAGAUUCCUUAUAAGCGAAAAGGUUCACUUUAGAAGAAGAUGUUGGAUUGGAUUGGGGCUACUUUACUGUCUGUGCUGCCUGAAAUUCACUCAUUUCCGUAGCUAUAAUUUCUGUUAUUCUUGCAAUAAUUCUUUAAUUCGACAAAAAUCGAUCAACGCCUCGUUUACAGCAGCUAAAACAGUAAAGUCACACCCACUACCUUCAAAACUAAGCAAACUUCACCAAAAUUUCACGCUUCGCUCCGAGACAUUGAUUUCACACAUUGAAGAAAUUCAGAGUUAAAUAAAACAAGAAAUCUGAAAAAUAUAA